GAAGUGACGCGCGAAGGAGCCCACGUGUGUGUUUCUAGUCCACAUGGCGGCGCCCCUCAAGAGGCUUCUGCUGGCCGAGCCGCACGUGGUGGCCCUCGGGCACCGCGUGGGGCGGCGCGAGGCCAGUCUGGGCCCAGAUCCCGGGGCCCCGGUGCGAGUGCGCUUCGCUCCCAGCCCCACAGGCUUCCUGCACCUGGGUGGCCUCCGUACUGCCCUCUACAACUACAUCUUUGCCAAGAAGCACCAAGGGAGCUUCAUUCUGAGGCUGGAGGACACCGAUCAGAGCCGCUUGGUGCCAGGGGCAGCAGAAAGCAUUGAGGACAUGCUGGAGUGGGCAGGCAUCCCACCUGAUGAGAGUCCCCGCCGGGGUGGUCCUGCAGGGCCCUACUGUCAGUCCCAGCGGCUGGCUCUGUAUGCCCAAGCCACGGAAGCCUUGCUGAGAUCUGGAGCUGCCUAUCCCUGUUUCUGUUUGCCACAGCGGCUGGAGCUUCUGAAGAAGGAAGCACUGAGGAGCCGACAGACACCCCGGUAUGACAAUCGGUGCCGGAACCUGAGCCAGGCACAGGUGGCCCAGAAGCUGGCCGUAGACCCCAAGCCUGCUAUCCGCUUCCGUCUAGAGGAGGCAGUACCAGCCUUCCAGGACCUGGUAUAUGGCUGGACUCAGCAUGAAGUGGCCAGUGUGGAGGGGGACCCAGUUAUCCUGAAAAGUGACGGCUUUCCCACCUACCACCUAGCCUGUGUGGUAGAUGACCACCACAUGAGCAUCAGCCAUGUGCUGCGGGGCUCCGAGUGGCUAGUCUCCACCUCCAAGCACCUGCUCCUCUACCAGGCCCUGGGCUGGCAGCCACCUCGAUUUGCUCAUCUGCCCCUGCUCCUCAACAGGGAUGGUAGCAAGCUGUCUAAGAGGCAAGGGGACAUUUUCCUGGAACAUUUUGCUGCCACCGGUUUUCUGCCAGAAGCCUUGCUUGACAUCAUCACCAACUGUGGCUCGGGGUUUGCAGAGAACCAAAUGGGCAGGACCCUGCCGGAGCUGAUUACACAGUUUGACCUGACGCGGAUCACCUGCCACUCAGCCCUGCUGGACCUAGAGAAGCUCCCAGAAUUUAACAGGCUGCACCUCCGCCGGCUGGUGAGCAGUGAGACCCAGAGGCCCCAGUUGGUGGAGAAAUUGCAGGGCCUGGUGAAGGAGGCAUUCGGGAGUGAACUGCAAAACAAGGAUGUUCUGGACCCUGCAUAUAUGGAGAGGAUCCUCCUGCUGAGACAGGGUCACAUCAGCCGCCUGCAGGAUCUGGUCUCCCCAGUGUACUCCUACUUAUGGACCCGCCCUGCUGUCCAUCGAUCAGAACUGGGUGCCAGCUCGGAAAACGUGGAUGUGAUUGCCAAGCGCUUGCUGGGGCUUUUAGAAAGACCUGGCUUAAGCCUAACUCAGGAUGUGCUGAACAGAGAGCUGAAGAAGCUGUCAGAAGGUCUGGAAGGCGCCAAGCAUAGCAGUGUGAUGAAGCUCCUCCGGAUGGCCCUCAGUGGACAGCUGCAAGGACCCCCUGUGGCUGAGAUGAUGGUGUCCUUGGGCCCAAAGGAAGUACGGGAACGAAUCCAGAAGGUGCUUUCUAGCUAGGGAGAAGAUGCAUAGCACCAUCGAGAUGACCAUGAGAGCCUCUAACCAUGGAAACUGAAUUCUGAGGAGAGCAGGAAACCUGGAGCCUAUUGGGACCCUUUCAGGAUGAACAGCUGUAGAAACAAGCACUCUGACUACUCUCAUCAGCUGGCCUUCGGGGACCCCAGCUGUUUCACUGUUGACUCUGGGAAUAAUGAGCUUGAACUUGUGUCUUGAUUCUUUCCUAUUUUUUUUAAAGACUUUUUAAAAAUGUGUAUGGGUGUUUUGCCUCCAUGUAUGCCUGUGUAAUACAUGCUUACAUGCAGAGCCUGCAAAGGCAAAAAGGGAGCGUUGGCUCCCCUGGGGGACCUGAGUUACAGACAGCUGCGAACUCACAUUUAUUUGGGUACUUGGAAUUAAAGCCAGGUCUUGUGGAAGAACAGCCAGUGCGUCAUUACCAAGCCAUCUCUCUAGCCCAUUGGGUUGGUUUUCAUGCCACAUUCUACAGCUCGUGUUAUAGAAAAGAGCAACAUUCCAAAACAGUACAGAGGGCUGAGGUCUUGGUUCACUAGGCCGCAUGACAGUACACCACAGAAUGUGGUGGCUUAAACUACAAAGAUUGAUUUGCUUAGUCUCCUAGAGACUGCAAGUCCAAGGUAAGUGUCAAAGGGUUAGUUUCCUAUGGUAGCCACUCCUGGCUUGCAGACAGCCACCUUCCACAGGUGUCCUCCUCUGUGCACCCUUGUCCCUGGUUCCUUUCAGAGUAUCCUUGUCUUUUUCAAGGGCACCAGUCAGUCUAGCUGCAACCCACCCUAAUAGCCUGUUAACAUAAACAACACCCCUUUAAAGGUCUGUCAUCCAAAUGCCCCCCACAUUGUAUGAUACUGGGGUUUAGGUUUCUAUAUUCGGAAUAGUCUGUAGAACACAGUUUAGCCCAGGACAAAUCAGUUCCAGCCUGGAUUCAUGGAUCCCAGUCUCAGGCCACAUAUGGAUUUGGGACCAUAAUGGACACAAGCGAUGUCACCUAGACAGCAGAUUUUCCUUCUGGAUUGUAAAGGAGAAGUUACUCUUCCAGCAGGGUAAGCACUUGUGUUUGGGGUUGCUCCUUGUCCUUGGGCUUUAGGUAGCCUCCGUCUCCUUUCGAUGAAGGGUGUCUGUUUUCUUCCAAUUCCUGAGAUCUGAUACUUUGAGUUAUUGUUGGUGUCUUUCAUCAUAUCUGCCCUUAUGUCCUCCAUUGCUUAUAAAUCUUUGUACUCGGAUUCCUGAAAUCAGGUUUCCUUUCUUCAAGUCUUAAUUAACUUGGAGUAGUGUAAGUAGGAUGGUGACCAGGUAUAAGACCCCAGCAGAGCUUGUAGCUUCCUCAGUGUAAGCAGCCUCUGCAGCUAUGCUUACUCUCCUGAGGAGGGCAGGAUGUGAGGGUGUGAUAGAGGCUUGAUCAUAAAGACUUUGCAACUUCUUUCUGGUUCUUUUACAUCUGCACCUCUGGGAAAGCCAGCUUCCAGGUCAUGAAGCUCAAGCCCUUGUGUCUUGAGGGGUCCAAGUGACAUCAGAGCCCCUGCCAUCAGCUAUGUAAGGGAACCAUAUUGGAAGCUGAACUUGCAGCCCCAGCCAAGCACCUCCUGAGACACCCAGAACCACCACACUCAGCACGCUCUGGAACCCGAGACCCAGGAUUGUGAGGCAGGAAACGCUUGUUUAAAGCCACUUGCUUUGGGGAUUAUCUUUACCUAGCGGUAGAUAACAUUCUCUCCUUGCUCAGGUGAGUAUGGGAAAGGAUUAAAGAGCUUUUGAACCUUGCUUAGGGAGAAAAAAAAAGUUCUUUAUUUGCAAGAAGAUCAAGCUGAAGUUUUGAAAUUUGGUAGAGACAGAACAAAUCUCUAGACAAAAAGAAAAAAAAUCUCUAGAAAAAUCAUAGAACAAAACCACAUCUUAGAAAAAAUGGUGGGCUGGUUAGUUUUUGUUAACUUGACAUAAACUUAGACAUAUCUGAAAAACAGUAAUCUUUUUUGAGACAAAAAUCUAUGUAGUCCUGGCUGGUACUUGGUAUGUAUCCCAGGUUGCCCUCAAAUUCCCAGAGGUCUGCUCUCUACCUCCUGAGUACUAGGAUCAAAUAGAUGUACCACCAUGCCCAGCUUAGGAAGAGGGGUUCUUUCUUGCUUUUAGAUUUAUUUAUUUUAGUUCAUGUGUGUGGGUAUACUGUCAUUCUCUUCAGACACACCAGAAGACAGCAUUGGAUCCCAAUUACAGAUGGUUAUGACCACCAUGUGGUUGCUGGGAAUUGUACUCAGGACCUCUGGAAGAGCAGUCAGUGCUAUAAACUGCUGAGCCAUUUCUUCAGCCCAGGAAAAGGGGAUCUUAAUUGAGAAAAAACCCUUAGUUAAAUUGGUGCGUGGGACGUUUUCUUGAGUACUGGCUGAUGUGGGAAGGCCCACUCACUGCAGGUGGUGCCACCUCUGGGCAGGUGGUCCUGGAGAGAAUAAGAAAGCAGGCCUUCAUCUCAUUAAACCUCACCCGAGGAGAUAGAUGGUAUUCUAUUUUUUUUCUAUGUUAUAAAUGGAAAAACUGAGGCUGUGAAAAGUUAAGUAACACUUCUGGGAUAUGAUCUGAGAUAACAUCAUAUUUAAGCUCAGGCCAUUGACAAUUUUAAGAGUCCAUACCUAACUAAUUUGAUCCAGAUUCUCACUAUGUAGUCCUGAAACUCAGAGCCUCCUGCCUCUUUAUCCCAAAUAUUGGAAUUAAAGGCAGUGUCACCAUGCCUGGACCAACUCUUUUUAAUGUAUAUCUGUUUGCCAUGUGUAUGCUUGGUCCCCACAGAGGUCAGAAGAAGGCAUCACAUCCCCUGGAACUGGGAUUACAGGCAGCUAUGAGCUGUCAUGUGGGUGCUAUAAAUUGAACCUCGGGGCUGGUGAGAUGGCUCAGCAGCUAAGAGCAGUGACUGCUCUUCCGAAGGUCCUGAGUUCAAAUCUCAGCAAUCACAUGGUGGCUCACAACCACCUGAAUGAGAUCUGAUGCCCUCCUCUGGUGUGUCUGAAGACAGCUACAGUGUACUUAUGUAUAAUAAUAAAUAAAUCUUAAAAAAAAAUAAGAUAAGAGCCAAGCGUGGUGGCGCACGCCUUUAAUCCCAGCACUCGGGAGGCAGAGGCAGGCGGAUUUCUGAGUUCGAGGCCAGCCUGGUCUACAAAGUGAGUUCCAGGACAGCCAGAGCUACACAGAGAAACCCUGUCUCAAAAAACCAAAAAUAAAUAAAUAAAUAAAUAAAUAAAUAAGAUAAAUUGAACCUGGGUCUCCUGUAAGAGCAGCCAGUGUACUGAACCAUUUUCCCAGCUCCCCCUCCAACUCUUAAUUAAGUGACAUCAGAACUACUGCUCUUGAAACAUGAAAAAUGGUUAUUUCUGGUGUGAUAGCACAUGCCAGUGAUUCUAGCCUUCAAAAGGCUGAGGCAAGCUGGGUGAGGUGGCAUGUGCCUUUAAUCCCAGAGCUCUAGGCACAGAGAUAGGUAGAGAUACUGAGUUCAGGGACAGCCUCUCCAAGACACUGGGGCUACACAGAGAAACCCUGUCUGGGGGUGGGGGUGUAGCUGAGACAGAAGGUGAGCUCGGGAUCAUCAUGAGCUACAAAAGCCAAAAUGGAGGGAGAGGAUAGGGAGAUAGAGGUGAUAGAAACAUAGGCUCAUGCUCCAGGGAUGUGACCGUUACCACGGUGAUAGAAGUGCUGGUGGACCUGCUACGGUGUCUUGGGCCUGUAAUGCCAGCGGAGGAUUAGCAGUUCCAGGUCAUCCUCCAUCCUCAGCUCCAUAUAAAGUCAUUUGAUUUUUUAAUUAUCUGUGUAGUGUGCAAGUGUACACGUGAGGUCAGGGGUCAACUUUUAGGAGUCAGUUCUAACCCUCAGUGGAGGUUCCAGGCAUUGAAUUCAGGUUACCAGACCUUUAACACAAGUAUUUGCUGAGCCAAGGUCCAGACCACCCAAGGCAACAUAGUGAGACCUUGUCUCCCUGCCCCAGAAAAAACUCCCUCAAUGAGCCAUCUUGCCUCUGUAAUGAAUUUGAGAUCAGCUUGAGCUUUUUGAGACUCAUUGGUGAAUCAAGGCUAAGUUGAUUCUGACAAAUGCUAUAACACUGAUGACCCUUGUGUUAAAGUCACAAAAGGAUGAGAAGGAGACAGCUCUCAGGCUGAGGUAGAGGAAGAGGGCAAGUGUUGCCUGUUGGCUGUAUUGUUUCUGUUUUAAUACAUGUUAGUUGCAAUCCUCAGUUACUCAGAUCUUCAGCAUUGCUAGCCUUCCUCGAAGCCAACAGUUAUUGGUUUCAAGGAAUAAAGCUGAUUGAAUAAAGGUAACAGUCCACCAGGGAAUGGGUUGGAAACUCUAGGACCUACAGACUCAAAGGUCAGGACUUCCAACCUCUAGAGUGAUGGGAAAUUUACCUGAAAUUCACUGAGCCCUGAGGCAGCUGCAAAUGUUCCUGAGGUUCUGGGUCCAAAAUCUCAGGAGAACAUCUUGUCAGCCUAGUCAGCAGUGGGACAGUCGGGUAAUGGCACCAUCUGCAGGGCAUCCACUGUAAUGAGAGAAGAACGUUUCCUCUUUUAGGGACUCUGUUCCAUGGAUUUAGAGUCUGCCUGUUUCAGUAGCCAAUUUUGCAAUCUCAUUCAUACUUCCUUUAUCUAAGUCACCUUUUGUCUCAGAACUAGGGUAUGUGUCUGGGUACAGACUGUUGGCUAGAAUGCACAGUCCUGGGUUUGAUCCCCAGCACCACAAAAACAAGAUAUUUUCUUCAUAGUACUUACGCAUGUGUGAAAUUUACAUUUACUAUUUUAAAAUUUUGAGGUUGGGGCUGACAGGAAAUCUGUUAUUCUUGGUUAUAAACACAAUACUUGGAACAUUGUUUGACACAGAGUAGGAAAUUAAGUUAUAUCUCAUGAAUAAAGUGUUUGAAACCUUCA